GUCGCCUGGCGGCGGGAAGCUGGGAGGGACAGGAACUUGCGGAUGUGCUGUGUGCUCGGGCGGCAUGGGGGGCGGCCGCCUCCGGCUGCAGCAGGCGGUGGACACGGAGCUCACCCCGGACUCUGUGGAGUGGUGCCCGCUGCAGGGCCGUCGGCACCUCCUCGCGUGUGGCACUUACCAGCUGCGCGCAGCGGGGGCCCAGAAUGAGCCCGACACGGCCCGGCUCCCUGUGCGUUCGGGCCGCCUCUACCUGUACCGCUACCAUGAGGACCGACCGGCCGCCCCGCUGGCUGAGGCCCACCGGAGGGAUGGUCACGCCAUCCUGGACACCAAGUGGUGCCACGUCCUGGUGGCUGGCAAGGCCCUGCUGGGGGUGGCAGAUGCAUGCGGGUCUGUGGAGCUUCUCCGCCUGGUGGAACCCGAGGGAAGGGACGACGACAAGCUCAGGACAGACAGCGGCUGCACGCUGGAGCCCGUGUCCAGCCUCGUCCCGGGCCACCAGUGCAUGGCCUUGUCCCUCGACUGGUCCACUGGGAAGUCCGGCAGCACUGGUGCCCAGCCCUUGCACAUCAUCAGCAGCGACUCCAGGGGCCAGCUCCACCUCCUGAGAGUGCAGGAAGAAGGUUCCAGCCUGCGGGCUGUGGCCUCCUGGCAGGCCCACGGCUAUGAGGCCUGGAUCGCCGCCUUCAACUACUGGCAGACUCAAGUUGUGUACUCAGGGGGAGACGAUGGCCUUCUGCGCGGAUGGGACACUCGGGUUCCUGGCACCUCUGUCUUCACCAGCAGGCGACACUCAACGGGCGUGUGCAGCAUCCAGAGCAGCCCCCACAGGGAGCACGUCCUGGCCACGGGAAGCUAUGACGAGCACAUCUUGCUGUGGGACGCGCGGCACAUGAAGCAGCCGAUGGCCGACACGCCCGUGCAGGGUGGCGUGUGGAGGCUCCGCUGGCACCCAUUCCAGCACCACCUGCUCCUGGCAGCCUGCAUGUAUGGGGGCUUCAAGGUCCUCGACUGCCAAGAGGCCCUGGAGGGGAGGCAGGGGGCGCCUGUCUUGGUCUCCCACUCGAUGACCAAUUCACUGGUAUAUGGAGCCGACUGGUCCUGGCUCCACUCUGACUCUCCACAGCCUUUGCCCUCAGUGGCCCUUUCAAGGAGCGACAUGGAAGCCACAGACAGGCCACUGGAGCCCACCCUUGGCCACCCAGUGGACAGCAGCGGGAAGGACCUGGCCAACCCCUUGGCCUCUCUCAUGCCGCCAGCAGACGAGGAUGUGACCGGGAAUGGCAGCCAGCCCUGUACCCUGGCCACAGGCCAUGACUGUGACCCUGCCCCAGGUGGGUCAGACAGGGCCGGUGGCCUCCUAGCAACCUGCUCCUUCUACGACCAUGUCCUGCACCUCUGGAAGUGGGAGGCGAGCUGAGCCAAGGUGGCCAGUGUCUCCUGCCCUGCUAGGCCAAGGCAGCUUCUCGAGGGG